UUUUGUCCCUGAGUGUAGGAGCAGAUGACAAAAGCAAAUAUAUAUUCGAUUUCAUGUGGAAUGGGAAGCGCUACUGCAUAGAUGCUUCAAAAGAGGAUGGAACACUGGGACGACUAGUGAAUGAUGAUCACAUACAGCCCAACUGUAAAGUCAAAAGAAUAAUGGUCCAAGGAAAGCCACACUUGUGUCUUUUUGCUGUCAAGGAAAUCUUUCCAGGCGAGGAGAUCACAUAUAACUAUGGCGAUUCCUCUUGGCCAUGGCGCUCAAUGGCACCCGGUGAAGAACAAUCUCACCCGAAGUUGAGAGAAAGUGAGCCAGGCUCAGAAAAGUCACAGGAGGUGUGCAGCGGUCGUGAUUUGAUGACAGAGGUCAGGGCAGCUCCGUCAACAUUAAAGGAUGACAUUUCACAGGAGGUGUGCAGCGGUCGUGAUUUGAUGACAGAGGUCAGGGCAGCUCCGUCAACAUUAAAGGAUGACAUUUGCCACCAUAGUGUUACCUGCUCACUUGUCAGCUGUUUGGACCAUUGUGAAGAUUGCACAGGACCUGUCUCCAGUCUAAAAUGGCUUGGUCUCACAUGCAAAUUGUGUUCAAGAUCCUGGCACAAAUCCUGCUUUUUCAAGAAGAAUCAGUCGCUGCUGACACUGCACCAAGGUCUGAUGGAUCCAACUCUGAUGAAGAUGUUGUAACUGACACUGAACUAUUUAGUGAUAGUGAGGAUCUAAACCUACCACAUCGCAAGAGUGGACCAGUUGACUCACUUUCUUCCCAGGAAAGGACAAAGACAGUCCUGCAACCUAUAUCCUGCAUGGAACAGGAGGACAAGGAUGCUUCCAACUCUGGCAGAGUUGGCAUUGAUGAUGACUUCAUACCUGAUAGUGAACCCUGUUCUGAUGUUGAUGAUCCUACUACAAGUAAUACCCAGACUCUUCCAAGAAGUACAACAGAGUCUUUUUCUACUGAGACUGCAGCAGCACCACAAGUCUCUUCUUGCACAUCAAAAAAUUACUGCUAUGUUUGCAAAACACCUCAGUCUAAAAUAUCUCGUCACCUUAAAAAGCAUGAGAAAGUAGAGCCUGAUAUUGCUGAAGCAUUCUCAUUCCCUAAGAACUCAAAAGAGAGAAAGAGGUUACUUGAGAAGUUGCGGAACAAAGGUAAUUAUGAACAUAAUCAAGAAGUAAUGCGUAAACAUGAUGGACAAUUGAAACUGAAAAGAAGACCAGGACCAUCAAA